AUGACUGCCUCUCUAGUCAAGGUCCUACACAGGAUGCAGGAGCUCUUCUCUAAUAUAGUCGCCGCGCUGGAAACCAUGGUCUUGUUCCCGUCGCUGUUCCGUGACCUCUCCAAGAGACGACGAAAGACCUUUCAUGGCGCUCAUUGGCACCGCCGGACUCUGGACAAUUUUGCCGAUGAGAUUGACCAGCUGUUCACCGCGCCAUUGUCCAUGCAGAACAUGAUCUCCAUGUCGGACAAGAUUCGCAACCAAUUUAAAUCCUGCUUACAGUCCAGCCCGGUUUGCAUGUUGCCGUCCUACACCCAUGCCCUACCUUCGGGUUCCGAGAAAGGAACUUACCUGGCGCUCGAUGUUGGAGGAUCGACGUUUCGAGUGGCAUUGAUUGAGCUGCGGGGAGGAGAGGAUAUGAAAAUUCUUCGAGUUUCAUCCUCGCCUAUCGACAAUGAAGUGAAGCUGCUGGAAGGCACACUGUUCUUCGAUUGGAUGGCAGAAAAAAUCGAUAUUGUGCUGAGAGAAGUAGGCGCUAAUUACGGUAGAACCGACGUGCCCCUUUCGUUGGGUCUCUCGUGGUCUUUCCCAAUUGAGCAGACCUCUACCAAGAGUGGACUGGUGAUUCACAUGGGCAAAGGGUUUAUGUGUUCCAAUGGCACUGUUGGACAGGAACUUGGUGGUCUGAUCGUCGAAUCCUGUCGAAAACGAGACCUCAACGUGGAAGUGGACGCCAUCGUGAAUGACAGUUCGGCUACCUUGCUUUCUCGAGCCUAUGUUGAACCUAAGACUAGGAUGUCCCUGAUCCUGGGGACAGGAACAAAUGUUGCCAUUCAUUUCCCUGUACAUGAAAUUGGGUUGACCAAGUUUGGCACCAGACCCCCUGGCUGGUUCGACCAUGCCAAACACGUCAUAAUCAACAGUGAAAUGAGCAUGUUUGGAGGCGGUGUUUUGCCCAUGACCCGGUGGGAUGAUAUUCUCAACCGUACUCACCUUCGGCCAGACUACCAGCCGCUGGAGUACAUGAUCACCGGGCGUUAUCUGGGUGAGAUUGUCCGACUGAUUAUUGUCGAAGCCAUUGAGACUGCCCGUCUUUUUGGAGGUGAACUGCCUCAUUCGAUGCGCGAGCCCUAUUCCCUCGACACCAGUCUCGUCGCGUUCAUCGAGGCUGACACAUCACCGUCCUUGGCAUCUUCCGCUGCUCUUCUCCAGAAGGAGCAUACUUUCCCUGUUUCUCCGUCCGCAGAGGACCUGCAAUUCUUGCGACGGAUUUGUCAGACGGUCUCUAAGAGAGCAGCCGGAUAUUUAGCUACCGCAAUUCACAGCAUGUGGUGUCUACGAAAUGACGCCGAGUUUCCCCACACCACUUCCGCAGCCUCCAUCAAGGAGGCCCAUGAAGUCACUGUUGUGGAGAGCGAGGAAAAUUCCCGAAGCUUGUCGAUAGCGUGUGAUGGCAGCGUCAUCAACAAAUAUCCUGGAUUCCAGGACCGCUGCCAAGGAUACCUCAAUCAACUUUCUCAACAAACCAACACAUCUAUCGGAUCCUUAGACGCAACCGAAGGUCCUUCAAUCAGCCUGGAGCCUGCUCCUGAGAGCGGCAUCUUAGGAGCUGCGGUUGCUGUUGCUGUGGCCGUAGCUGAGAAGCGGCCGGAGUAA